AUGGCGUCGAUGCCGAUCAAACUUCUUCUGUUUGGCUUUUCCGUUUGUCUUCUCGGCUUCGCAUCAUCAUCAUCAUCCGAUCUUUCCGAAAUAUCUCUUCCAUCUUCCUCGUCCGUCUCACCAAAAGUCUCCUUGGGCUUUUACUAUGAAUCUCUAUGUCCGUAUUGUUCUGCCUUCAUAGUCAACCACCUCGUGAAGCUCUUCGAAGACGAUGAUCUCAUAUCGAUCGUCGAUCUCCAUCUCUCUCCGUGGGGCAACACCAAGCUCCGCCCCGAUAACGUCACCGUCGUUUGCCAGCACGGGGCAUUUGAAUGCUUCUUGGACACCGUAGAAGCUUGCGCAAUCGAUGCUUGGCCUAAAUUGAGCGAUCAUUUCCCGUUCAUCUACUGUGUGGAGAGUUUGGUGACUCAACACAAGUACGACGAGUGGGAGACUUGUUAUGAGAAGCUCAAUCUCAACUCAAAACCUGUUUCCGAUUGCCUCAGCAGUGGACAUGGAGACAAGCUUGAGUUGAAGUAUGCUGCAGAAACGAGUGCACUUGAGCCGCCUCAUGAAUACGUGCCUUGGGUAGUCGUGGAUGGUCAGCCACUUUACGAGGAUUAUGAAAACUUCGUAAGCUACAUCUGCAAGGCUUACAAAGGUAAUAAAGUCCCGGGCGCGUGCGCCAAGUAUUCUUCGGGCAAGAGCAGUCACAGGGUGAAAGUGAAACGCUCUCCUCUGGUUUGCCGGAGAGGAGUUUCGAUGUGGGAUUGGUUGGAACGUAUCAAAACCUCUUUCUUGUCACACAUCGACAUUACAGGCCUGCUAUAA